GGACACCAUCAUCCGCAAGUUCGAGGGGCAGAGCCGCAAGUUCAUCAUCGGGAACGCGCGCGUGGAGAACUGCGCCGUGAUCUACUGCAACGAGGGCUUCUGCCGGCUCUGCGGGUACUCGCGGGCCGAGGUGAUGCAGCAGCCCAGCACCUGCGAGUUCCUGCACGGCCCGCGCACCCAGCGCCGCGCCGCCGCGCAGAUCGCCCAGGCGCUGCUGGGCGCCGAGGAGCGCAAGGUGGAGAUCUGCUUCUACCGCAAGGAUGGCAGCUCCUUCCCGUGCCUGGUGGACGUGGUGCCGGUGAAGAACGAGGAUGGCACCGUCAUCAUGUUCAUCCUCAACUUCGAGGCCGUGAGGGAGCCUGAGCCCGGGGAGGCCCCGACCCCCAGCACCAACCACUGGGUCACCCCGGCCCCCUGGGGCCCGGCAGGCCGCAGCCGCUCCCUGCGCCUGAAGCUGCUGGCGCUCACGGGCAGCCGCCAGUCGCUGCCCCCCGAGCCCCCGGAGCCCCCGGACGUGGUGGUCGUGGACCCGGGGGUUGCGGAGCCGCUGGCCGCGGAGCCCGCCGGCGACUCGGGCCCUGAGGACGCGUCCUCGUCGCUGGAGCUCGGCGCCGGGGACCGUGCCGAGGACGAGGCGGCGCUGAUGGGGGACCCUGAGCCGCCGGUGCCGCCGUCGCCGCGGGCCGAGCGCCUGGCGCUGGCCUUCGCCAACCACAGCCUGGCCCGGAGCCGCUCCCGGGAGCGCCGGUCCCGGGAGAGCCUCCGCAGCCUCCGCCGCGCCUCGUCCGUCGAUGACAUCGAGGCCAUGAAGGGGGACGGGGACAAGCGCUGCCACAGCCGCCACGCCAGCGCCAGCGCCGGCCUGCAGCGCGGCUCCAGCACCGGCGCGGUGGCCGCGGUGCGCAGCGCGCUGCUCAACUCCACGUCGGACUCGGACCUGGCGCGGUUCCGGGCCAUCGGCCGCAUCCCCCAGAUCACCCUCAACUUCAUGGACCUGCAGCCGGGGGGGCUCCUGGCCCCGCCGCCGGCCCCCCGCCCCAUCAUCGCCCCCACCAAACUGCGCGACCGCACCCACAACGUCACCGAGAAGGUCACACAGGUGCUGUCCCUGGGUGCUGACGUACUCCCCGAGUACAAGCUGCAGGCGCCGCGCAUCCACCGAUGGACCAUCCUGCACUACAGCCCCUUCAAGGCCGUGUGGGACUGGCUCAUCCUGCUGCUGGUCAUCUACACGGCCAUCUUCACGCCCUACUCGGCCGCCUUCCUGCUCAGCGACUCGGAGGAGGCGCAGCGCCACCAGUGCGGCUACUCCUGCAGCCCGCUCAACGUGGUGGACCUCAUCGUGGACAUCAUGUUCAUCAUCGACAUCCUCAUCAACUUCCGCACCACCUACGUCAACUCCAACGAGGAGGUGGUCAGCCACCCCGCCAAGAUCGCCAUCCACUACUUCAAGGGCUGGUUCCUCAUCGACAUGGUGGCCGCCAUCCCCUUCGACCUGCUCAUCUUCGGCUCCGGCUCCGAGGAGACCACCACGCUGAUCGGGCUGCUGAAGACGGCGCGGCUGCUGCGGCUGGUGCGCGUGGCGCGGAAGCUGGACCGCUACUCGGAGUACGGCGCGGCCGUGCUCUUCCUGCUCAUGUGCACCUUCGCCCUGAUCGCCCACUGGCUGGCCUGCAUCUGGUACGCCAUCGGCAACGUGGAGGGGCAGCGCACGGGCUGGCUGCACGCGCUGGGACAGCAGAUCGGCAAGCCCCUCAACGGCAGCUUCGGGCCCUCCAUCAAGGACAAGUACGUCACCGCGCUCUACUUCACCUUCAGCAGCCUCACCAGCGUGGGCUUCGGCAACGUGUCCCCCAACACCAACUCCGAGAAGAUCUUCUCCAUCUGCGUCAUGCUCAUCGGAUCGCUGAUGUACGCCAGCAUCUUCGGGAACGUGUCGGCCAUCAUCCAGCGGCUGUACUCGGGCACGGCGCGCUACCACACGCAGAUGCUGCGCGUGCGCGAGUUCAUCCGCUUCCACCAGAUCCCCAACCCGCUGCGCCAGCGCCUCGAGGAGUACUUCCAGCACGCCUGGUCCUACACCAACGGCAUCGACAUGAACGCGGUGCUGAAGGGGUUCCCCGAGUGCCUGCAGGCCGACAUCUGCCUGCACCUGAACCGCAGCCUGCUGCAGAACUGCGCCCCGUUCCGCGGCGCCACCAAGGGCUGCCUGCGGGCGCUGGCCAUGAAGUUCAAGACCACCCACGCCCCCCCGGGGGACACGCUGGUGCACGCCGGGGACGUGCUCACCGCGCUCUACUUCAUCUCCCGCGGCUCCAUCGAGAUCCUGCGCGGCGACGUCGUGGUCGCCAUCCUGGGGAAGAACGACACCUUCGGGGAGCCGCUGCACCUGCACGCCCGGCCCGGGAAGUCGCGGGCGGACGUGCGGGCUCUCACCUACUGCGACCUGCACAAGAUCCUGCGCGAGGACCUGCUCGAGGUGCUCGACAUGUACCCCGAGUUCUCCGACCGCUUCUGGGGCACCCUGGAGAUCACCUUCAACCUGCGCGACACCAACAUGAUCCCCGGCUCCCCGGGCAGCGACGAGCUGGACGCGGGCUUCUCCCGGCUCCGGCGCCGCAAGCUCUCCUUCCGCCGGCGCCCCGAGAAAGACGCCGCCAGUCCCGGGGAGUCCCGGGCGCUGCGGGGGGACGGCGGGGGGGGCCAGGCCCCCGGAGCCCCCCGAGGCCCGGCCGAGUGGGACCCCCCCAGCCCGUCCAGCUGCGCCUCCAGCGACGAGGAGGAGCCCCCCGCGCCCCCGCCCGGGGCCACGGCGCUGUCCCCGUUCCGCAGCGCGGCCCCGGCUCCCCCCGAGCCCGAGGAGCGAGAGGGCAGCGACAUGUGCAACCCGCUCUCAGGCGCCUUCUCGGGGGUCUCCAACAUCUUCAGCUUUUGGGGUGACACCCGGGGCCGCCAGUACCAGGAGCUCCCCCGCUGUUCCCACGGGCCGCCCCCAAACCCCCCCCCGACCCUGACCCGCCGCCAGCGCUCCGACCUGGAAUCCCGCUUGGAUCUGCUCCAAAAGCAGCUCAACAGGCUGGAGUCGCGGCUGAGCACGGACAUCUCGUCCAUCGUGCAGCUGCUGCAGCGGCAGGUGCUGGUGCCCCCCGCCUACAGCGCCGUGAGCUCCCCGCACCAGCCCCCCCCGGGGCCGCUGCCCCCCGCCGCGGGGACCCCCCCGGGGACCCCCCCGCUCCAGAGACACUGCUCCGACCCCGGCAGCUAAUGGGAGCGCCGGGGCGCGGCGGGACCCCCGGAGCCACGGGACCCCCGACCCCGGAACGCGGGACCCCCGCAGCCCUCGGACCCCAGGACGUGGGACCCCUGGAGUCCUCAGGCCCCGAGAGGCGGGACCCCCAAAGCCCAGGACGGGGGAGCCCCGGCCCCGGAGUGUGGGAGCCCCGGACCCCGGGGCCCGCAGCCCGGGACGCAGCAGGCGGGACCCCCGGAGCCACAGGACCCCCGGCUCCGCACCCUGCGACCCCCGGCCCCGCAGUGUGGGACCCCCAGAGUCCUCGGAGCCCCGCACCCCGGCACCCGGGACCCCCGGAGCCGCAGGACCCCCGUCCCCAGCAUGUGGGACCCCCAAAGCCCAGGACAGGGGACACCCUGGGACCCCUGACCCCGCAAGUGGGGACACAGAGCCCCCAGCCCCGGGCCCCGGCUGCCCCGUGGGCGCUGCCCUGGGUGCUGCCGGGGGUCUCGGGGCCGCCGGGACCCCCGGUGUCCCGCUGGGGCCCCCUGCCCCGGACUGUCAGACUGUGCUGCUCUUCCUCCUCCUCCUCCUCCUCCUCCUCCUGCCCGAGCCCCGGGGCGGCGGGGGGUGCACAGGUGUGCACACGUGUGUGUGUGUGCACAGGUG